AACUUGGGAGAAGAGAAAGAAGUGUCAUGGCCGCGCCCUGAACGAUUCCUCUGAAGAAUUCCAAACAGUUUUAUUUUAAGACUUCUUACUCUUUUAAAGCCUCAUGAUGAAUUUCAAAGACUUGAUGAAGUGGAACAGCAGAGUGUCCGCGCUUUACGCGGUGGGCAUCUGGACCAUGCUGGGCUCCUACGCUUAUUUUAGACACACAGGUCGUUAUACUGAUCCAGAAGUGAGUAAAGAAAUUGAAGACAUAGAAGAACCCAACAAGCAGAUCUAUCAAACCGCUCACUCCAAAACAGUCAUCAUCUACAAAAACAAGGAGGACUUUGUCCCAUACAGCACCAGAAUCUACAGUUUCAUCAAGUCAUUGACUGGAGGACCUGGAGACGGCACUCAAUAGCACCUGGACAUGAUGUGUCGUGAUGAAAGAAUCUACAUGUGGCGCUAUAUUGACACUUUGCUGCUGUGUUUGGGUAGCCAGAGGACUGCCAGACAUUUUGUUGUUGUCUGCCAAAAAGAAAUCACUAAACAAAAUGACUCAGUUUCCAUAGAAACAUUAAUAUUUGAAUAAAUCUCUAUUUAAGAUUUCUGA